CUUCCUGACGUCAGAACUCGUCUCGUCCCCUGAGAUGAGUUUAGUUUUAAAAACAAGAAGCCGGCCAUCGUUCACUUGUCGCGAUUGUGUUUUGUGGGGUAUAAAAAAAAAAUUUGAACUUUUUGUUCCGAAUGCUAUUCUUCAUUAUCUCAACAAGUGAAAUAUAAACUAUUUUUGUGAUUAAAAGAGAAACAAGUUACAUUUUCAAUAUACAUAUAUACGUGCACGCGGUGUGUUUUGUUCCGUGCGUAAAAAAUGGACGCCCUGCGUGAGCAGGUGAUGAUCAAUCAAUUCAUGCUGGCAGCAGGCUGUGCUCGUGAACAAGCUAAACAAUUAUUGCAAGCAGCUCAUUGGCAAUUUGAGACUGCACUUAGUAUAUUUUUUCAAGAGGCUGCGAUACCUUCUUGUGCCCAGGGGCCAGGUACACAUUUUGGACAGAUUACGCCCUGUAAUACUCCAGCAACGCCUCCAAAUUUUCCUGACGCAUUAUUAGCGUUCUCCAAAAUGUCCGCGGGAGAAAAAACGCCCUCGGGAAUGUCACCAAGUCAAAAUGGACACAUGUCACAGCAACAGCAACAACAGACAGCACAGCAUCAUGCAGGUCGAUGUAGUAUUUCCGGUGGUACACAACAAAAAACUCAAACUCAACAACAAUUUGGUCUUGGCGAACCGCAAAGAUAAAGAAUAUUAUAAAUUUUGCCUUUGCACUAUGUGUUUCAUCGAUCGCAGAAAAAUAAUAAUUAUAAAAAAAGAAAAAACAAAAAAAAAACUUAUUGCAAUGGCGCGUUCUAGUAGAAACAAAAAAGGAUGAAGCAUCGAUGGACCGUAAAAUGUUGACAAUAUUCAAAGUUACAAAAAAAAAAAGCCUAAUUCUAAUCAGAAUUAAAGGCACAGAAAAAAGAAGAAUGAAAAAAAAAUAUGAGCUUAAUGAAUUUUGUUUCUCCAUCCAAUAUAAAAAAAAAAGAAUCAGAUGCUUCUCUGGACGAAAAUACGAGACAAAAUCUAAUUAUUUUACACUCUCGCAGUGAUAAGUCUUUAAAAAAAAAAAAAAGAUAAGAUUGAUUUCAUAGGACAAGAAAAAAUUAGUUCUUUAUCACACACACAAAAAAAAAAAAAGACAAUGAUAUUGUUAACAAAUUAAAUAAUAGUACGACGCGUCCAGUCAUUUUUUGUACCAAUUAUAAAUCACUGCUUCAUCAUGUAUUCGUUGUUUCAUAGAAAACUUGCCGUGUUGUUUAUUUUCUGGGCUGAGACAAAAUAGCCAACAAUGAAUAUCUCCACGAUGACAAGAAUAAUAGUGGUGUGCAUGUGUGUGAAAGAAAGAGAGAGAAAGAACGAAAGAGAGUGAAUGAGUUAGAAAAAGAAAGAAGUUCCAUGUUUUCGCCGAAUUGCGAAAUUUUUAAGGUCGGAGAGAGGCUCAUCGAGGACUUUGUCGAACCUACCGCUAAACAUUUUAUCGACUGAAUCUCGACAAAGUUAGGUAGGGAAAUAUACUGGUCCUUGUUCACGAGUUGGGCUGUGUUAAAACAAAAAAAAAAAAAAACAAAAAAAGAAAAUUAUUUGCACUGGAGAAAAUAAAGAGCGACAAAUUUCGCUUUAAUGUGUCAUAUGUUACAUGAUUAUUACAUAAUGUACGAAAUAUAAUUGACUGCAAAAUGGUCUCCAAAAAAAAAAUAAAAAAAAAUCAUGGUAUUGAGAAUUAAAAAAAAAAUCCAAGGAGCAUUUAAGACUUCAUAAGAGGAAAAAAUAACAAAAAAAAAAUCCAAAUAUAUACAAUUCUUAAAAAAAAAACUAAUGACCAUUAAAAUACAAUAUAUUUCUAUCUGCUUCUAUCUAUUUUACGAAUCGAUAUUUAAAAUGAGGAAAUGUCCGUGUCUUUGUAGAAAUUCUAUCUAUCUAUCAAAUUUAGACGGACUUUUUUUUAUUUUUCUUCCUUUCGAUAUCGUAUUAAGCUCUUGGCAUUCUCGGACAAUAAUCCUUGAAUAUCCUGUUUUCCUUCGUAAAUAUUAUCUCUGUACACUUAUUAUAGAAUAGCGAUAACAAAAAAAAAAAAAAAAAUGUUUAUCUCUUUGUAAUAUAACGAAGAGUAUUAUUUUGUCAUUCACCGUAGGUGAAAUAAACUAAAUAGCGACUUUUGACGUCUUUCUUAUAUGUGUAUUGGAUUAUGGAAGAUUUUAUGAAAGAACUUUAUAUUUCUUUCUUCUUUUUUUUUUUUUUUUUUUUUUUUUUUUUUUUUUUGAAAAAAAUGUGUACAGAAUUUAAAAUUUAUUUACAAUCGUCGAACGAUUAUUAUGGAAUAACAACUUUUCCUCUCACGAUACGUAUUUUAAAUGUUCUGAGCGGUCCCUCGUGCUUAUGAAUUUAGAUUAUUAUUAUACGAUUAUGUUAUUAUUAUUAUUAUUAUUAUUACUAUUGUUUAUUUGUCUAUUAUUAUAAAUAAUGUUCAUGUACAUACUUUAUGAAAACAAAAAAAAAAAAAUAUUAUCUAAAUAAAAAUCAUUAUAAUGGUGCUUUCAUAGACAA